GCCCCGUGGCGGGUGGAGGGCGCCCCCUGGCGGCGGCCGCCGCGGCCGCUCCCGGUGCCCGCUCCGGCUGGCGGGUCGCGGCCGUCCCGGCUCCAAGAUGGCGCAGGCGAUCUUCGAGGCGCUGGAAGGAAUGGACAAUCAGACCGUGCUGGCUGUGCAGUCCUUACUGGAUGGUCAGGGAGGUGUGACAGACCCAUCUGCUCAGAAUGUCAACUCCUCCAGCGCCAUCCAGUCCAUGGAUGAUGAAGAUGUGUUCCUCUGUGGGAAGUGCAAGAAGCAGUUCAACUCCCUGCCUGCCUUCAUGAUGCACAAGAGAGAGCAGUGCCAGGGCAAUGCUCCUUCCCUCUCCACAGUCUCCCUGGCCACCAACAGUGUGUACAGCCCCUCCAUCACUGCAGGGCAGCCGGCUCCCAGUGCCAGCCGCCAGCAAAUUUCUACAUACAUAGCUGUGCCCCCAUCCCCUCUGAUCCAGACCCUGGUGCAGGGGAACAUCUUGGUGAGUGAUGAGGUGCUGAUGUCAGCCAUGUCUGCUUUCACAUCCUUGGACCAGCCCAUGUCCACCGUGCAGCCCCCGGCACAGAGCAGCCUGAGCAUGCACCCCGGGGCCGGUUACCUCUCCCAGCCGCCCCCGCCGCCGCCUCCCCCGCCGCCACCCCCUCCUCAGCCUCCGCCGCCUGCGCCGCCGAGCAUGGGGGGUCCUGGGCAGCCCAGCGCGGGUGGCAGCGGCGUGGUGGAAGUGUACAGCGCUCCUGCUGCCAUGGCAGCCAGCGGCGCCGUGGAGAUCCAGACGCUGGGCAUGCAGCCCUACCCGCCCAUGGAGGUACCAAGCCAGUGUGUGGAAAGCCCUGUGUACCCUUCUCCUCCUGUCUACAGCCCUGGGAAGCAGGGCUUCAAGUCAGAGAGCACUGGCACUGCCACGCCUUUGAGCAGUGCAGGAGGGGGCACUGUGGUUGGCUUCGAUGCCACCUCCGCUGCCAAAAGCCGGCGCUGCAAAACGGAGAGCGGGCUGCAGGAAGGCAAACCCAAGUCCCCCAAGCUGAAAUGUACUUACUGUGACAAGGCCUUCACCAAGAACUUUGAUCUGCAGCAGCACAUCAGAAGUCACACAGGUGAGAAGCCCUUCCAGUGCAUCGUGUGUGGGCGAGCCUUUGCCCAGAAGUCCAACGUGAAGAAGCACAUGCAGACACACAAAGUGUGGCCCCCAGGCCUGGGCUGCACCAUCUCCCGCAACUCCAUCACCCUGCAGGUCAUGGCCUUGAAUCCCAACCAGCCAGAGGAUGAGGAGCACACAGAUUUGACUCAGCAGCCCUCAAGGAACCCAGCACCACCACCCCAAGACUUGAGCCCCUUGGAAGAGAGUGAGGCAGGCAAACUGGAAACCAAGCAGGUGGUGCUGAUCGAUAGCUCCUACCAGUGCCAGUUCUGCCCCAGUAAAUUCAACACCUAUUUCCAGCUCAAAUCACACAUGACACAGCACAAGAACGAGCAGGUGUACAAGUGUGUGGUGAAGACCUGUGCUCAGACCUUCCAGAAGCUGGAGUCCUUCCUUGAGCACAUCAAGAGCCACCAGGAGGAGCUGAGCUAUCGUUGCCACCUCUGCAGCAAGGAUUUCCCCUCCCUGUACGAGCUGGGUGUCCACCAGUACUCCCACAGCCUGCUGCCCCAGCACAGCCCCAAGAAGGACGUGGCCGUGUACAAGUGUGUGAAGUGUGUCAAUAAAUACUCCACCCCAGAGGCCCUGGAGCACCAUCUGCAGACAGCCACACACAACUUCCCCUGCCCUCACUGCCAGAAGGUGUUCCCCUGCGAGCGGUACCUGCGGCGCCACAUCCCCACGCACGGAGGGGGCAGCAAGUUCAAGUGCCAGGUCUGCAAGAAGUUCUUCCGCCGGGAGCACUACCUCAAGCUGCACGCCCACAUCCACUCGGGGGAGAAGCCCUUCAAGUGCUCGGUGUGUGAGGCAGCUUUCAACCGCAAGGACAAGCUGAAGCGCCACAUGCUGAUCCACGAGCCCUUCAAGAAAUACAAAUGCCCCUUCUCAAGCCACACAGGCUGCAAUAAGGAGUUCAACAGGCCUGACAAGCUGAAGGCUCACAUCCUGUCCCACUCGGGGAUGAAGAUCCACAAGUGCCAGUACUGCAACAAGUCCUUCAGCCGCCGUGCGCACAUGGUGGAGCACCAGCGCUCGCACACCGGUAACUACAAGUACCGCUGCCCCACCUGCAGCAAGGGCUUCACCCGCCACAAGUACAUGAAGGACCACAAGUGCCGGCUGGGCUCCCCCAAGGACAAGGACCUCAGGAAGCCCCAGAAGAAGCGGGUGGCGCGGGGGCGCAAGGCGGGCCUGGCCCUCCCCGGCCAGUUGGGGCUGGCGGAGCUGAAGGAGGCUGCGGCCGGGGAAAGCCCCCCCGAAGGGGCCCCCAGCAAAGAGCCCUUCCAGGAGUCGGAUGCGGUCCUGUCCAUCGUGGUGGGGGGGUCAGGAGCUGCCGACUCGGACCUCAGGCACCCCAACAGCAUCACCUCCAACCUGGGCCUAGCUGAACUGCAGAGCCCCUCGGACGGCCCCUGCGCCAUGCUGGCUGUCCCUGUGUACAUCCAGAGCACGGAGUAGAGCCACUGUGUGGCUGAGGCUGGGGCUGGCGGGCUCGGUGCCGAAGCGUAUCCCAGUGGCAAAGACCAAAGCUCUUGUGGGGAGCUCAGAUGGAUAUGGGAGAGAAUGGCUUUUGUCUCCACUUGUUCUUCCCAUCCUUGGGCAGAGGACUGCUUGGAAGGUGCCAGUGGCUACGAGGCACUGAAGAGAAAGGCUCUGUUAUUUCUUGUCCUUCUGCAUCGCUGCUCAGCCCAGGGCAAGAGAAACUCAAGCUCCCUGAAUCAGGGUAAGAAAAGGAGGGUGCAAACUUGCAACAGAGUUGCUGCAAUCAGGUGGCUUUGCAAAUCACAGCCUGUCCCAUCUGUGGUUUUUCUGGCCUAAAAGCUGUAUUGCCCAGUAUUUGGGUGGCCUUUCCGAGAGCAAACAAUCCUUCCUAGUGGAAGCAAGUUCAUCCUGAGAUCCUUUGGGAACACUGUUCAAAACCCCCUGAUAUAGACUCAUCUCAGGUAUCUUUCUCCUCUCUGUCUCUGUCAGUAGAAAGAUCACCUUGUCUGUACUACAUGUGUUAUAAACACCAUGGACCUCCUGUCCUG